CCGAGGGAGCUAAAGUCCUGUCUCUGUGGGAACCAAAUGAUAGCAGCUAGACUUUGCCCUGAACUGGAACCAACAAUACAGGAAGUCCAGAACAAGCAGAUUCCUGGUUGUCACUGAAAAGGUAAGCCACAUUACACCAGCUCAGACAGUAGUUGGUUCAUUUCUGUCAACAGACCCAAAUCUAACAGUGGCAUUUUGAAGACCUCAAAUAUACAGUUUGAUGUAAAGAUCCGCUAACUUUUGGUGAGAUGGACCAGAGGAACAGCAGCAGUAAUGAGGAUUAUGAAUUUCGUCCUACUCCAUAUGCCUCGUCAUACGGUGAACAAAAUUCCUAUACAGGGAUGACUUAUCAGGUAGGCACAGGCAACGUUGCAGUGGUCACACCUUCUGGUACCUAUGACAACAUAGGCCACCCCGAGGGCCCAGUUGAAAGCAACCAGCAGCAUGGUCUGGCUGCACCUCCGUACUUUUAUGACUCAGAGGAUGGCAGCUUCAGUAGUGCUGCAAUACGAAGAGGUUUUAUAAGGAAAGUCUACCUGACCUUGUUGAUUCAGCUGCUGUGUACUGUUGGAAUCAUCUGUGCUUUUCUUUACUGGAACACACUCAAGAUAUGGGUAUUGAAGACUUACUGGUUCUCCUACUCCAUGAUGUCAGUGGUGCUGGUGCUCAUUUUGGUCUUGUCCUGCUGUGACAACAUCCGGCGUCAAGUGCCUCUCAAUUUUAUAGCUCUGGGCCUGUUUACUAUUGCAGAGGGCCUGAUGCUUGGAUCUGUGGCAGUGUACUUUCAAGCUGAUGCAGUUAUGUGGGCUGUGGGCGCGACAGCGCUUGUUUCCUUCGGCAUGAGUCUGUUUGCUAUGCAGUCAAAGUGGGACUUCACCCCAGGAGCUGGUUGCAUGUGGGCAUUAGGCUGGUCCUUGGUUUCAUUUGCACUGCUGUGUGCAAUCUUCCGAUCACAGUAUCUGUACAUCUUUUACGCCUUCCUGGGAACUGUGCUGUUUUCUUUGUACUUGGUGUUUGAUACCCAGCUGAUAUUGGGUGGAAAACACAGAAAGUAUGAAAUCUCUCCUGAGGAGUACGUGUUUGCUGCUCUCAGCCUGUAUUUGGACAUCGUCACAUUGUUCCUCUUCUUGCUGCAGUUCUUCAACCUCUGCCGCUGAACCUGAACCUCCCUUGAAACCCUUGCCUUGAAGUCAUGUUUAUAAGUUAUAUUCAUAUUGAAUGAAGACUGCCGAUUCACUGUUAGUUCUCCAGACAUCUGCUUUCACAUUUAAAUACACAUGGAUUUCUGCAGUGUCUAAUAAGCUCAUGCUAAUGUCAUGGUAUUAUAAAAUAUAAUAAGCCUUGUGUUGAAUAUUUGCUUCCUUUAUUACGUGUUUUAAGCUGUAAGUCACUAUUUAAUCAAGUCAGCAACUAAUUUAUGGUAAUGCCAUAAGCAGCUCAGCUUUCUAUUAUCUGUCCUGCAUUCCAAAAACUUAACCACUCAUGUGAAAAAGGUUAGAUGUCACUAAUUUGAUAGUUUUAAAGAAUCUUUCAGAUGCAGAAACCAAA